AAAUAUUUUUGCCAUACAAAUAUUAAUUUAGUCAAAACAGAAUACCAAAAUGAAUCUGAAAGUAAUAUUUGCAAUCAUCUAAAUAACAUUGAAGAUAAAAAUCUUAUAAAAAAUGAAGAUUCAAACUUUUUAAAAGAACAAAAUGAGAAAGUAGAAGAAAUUGAAGAAGCAAUUAUAUUUAUUUUAGAAUCUUCAUUUCUUCCAUUUUUAGAGAAAUGCCUUGAUAUAGAUAACUUUUUAAAUAUUUCAAUGCAAGUCUCACUCUACAAAACAGUUAUUGAUCUUAUUAAAGAAAUUGCAAGUCAACCUCAUCUCAUCUUUUUAUUGGGAACACUACCUUAUCAAGCAAUAAGUAUUCAACAAAAGUUGGAAAAAUUAGCUGAAAAGUCUAAUGGGAUAUUAGAACGUUUAGGUAAAGUUGCAGCAAAUGGCUGUAUUCCUGGAAUGAGUAAAAAUUCACCUAAAAUUUCUUCACCUAAACAUAAAAAUGUUCCAGAAGAAAAUGAGGCAUAUUCAUCUGGGGUCUUACAAACAGUAAAAGAUCGAUUUUCUGAAGAAAGAUUGGCAAGAGAUUUUUCUUCAUUGUAUAAAACUGUUACAGAUUUUAUACCAAAGCAAUCACAAAUAUCACAAGAUAUACUUUUAAAAUAUAAAACAGUACAGUCUCCUCAUGUAAAAGAUGACGUUUUGGCAAAUUUUUAUAAACAAUGUUUGAAACCUCUUCAAUUUGAAACAUGGGAUAUGGAAGUUGAUGGACCUUUUGGUCAUUAUUAUGCAUUUGUACGCCAGCAUGAUAGAACAAUAGAAAAACAAAAUAUAUCAGAAAAACAGUUCUGGUUAAUUCAGCCAUUAUGCAAAAUACAGGAAUCUCUUGAUUUAUUAACAUUCCUGGCCCUAACACCAUUAAGGGUGCAUUCAGAAUUGGAGACCAGUUCAACCAAGUCACUUUGGCAUAGAUCAUCCCAUUUAUGGUUGAAGCUUGGAAUGCCUGACAGUGUUCAGAGGAGGAGUUGAUAACAUAAUGUGGUUGUGAUCCAGUCUAGUCCAUAUGCUCAUAUA